AGGUCGGGCGGCUCAAUUUGAUGGAUGAGCCAAACCCUGGGCAGUGUCAGCAAAGUCAGCAAAGACACGAGACACCCCCACCCCCCCUCGACGCCAAACGGGGGGCACGGUAGAAAUGCCACAGCGAAAACCGACAGCAAACACCCAGUUGAGCAUGGGAACACCAGUGCUGAAACCAACACCCCCUCCGCCGCAAUCGCGGUCUGUGUCUAUAUCCUCGCAAGUCUCGGGCAAGUCCAAGGCGCCUCCGCCCGUCGCGAAGAAACCAUCACAUCUCGCCUCAACAUCGCCCCUGACUAGCCCAUCUUUUCAUCAUGACACUCAUUUUGAUAACUCGUCAUUCACACCAGAGCUGCCGCGGCGAGCGUCGACACACAUUCAGAACCUGUCAUCCAGACUCGAAUCAUCCGCGUCGGCUAACCUGACGGGAGGAAUGCACAAACCCUCAUCUCCACGGCAACAAGUAAGACGAGUCGGCACGAACCCGACUGCUGGAACGCCUAGCGGGGGCGUCAGCCUACCCGGCUUGGGAGAGCGGAAACCAGUGCUGCCACCUAGAACGUCGCAGUUGACCAGACCGAGCAAGCAGCCAGUUGUAGAUCUACUCGGGGCCAACGAUUCAGAGGAUAUGAACCAUUGGGAAACUCUGAGACCGCACCAGACAUGACUGUAGAAGGAAUUGCAUGAACGGCGUCAAGGGAGAGGGUAUGAUGAUUG